AUGCGGGCUAACUGUUGGCUCUUCAUUUGGGUUCUACCUAAUCGUUGCUUGGCGCGUAUAGUGGUUGAGGGGCCCCCUUACGAUUGGGCAUCCUCUGAGUUCGCUUGCUAUCCACCCGUUUUCCCGCCGCAGAUACCUUAUCGAUCGUUGGGUAUCAGCACGCAUCCUACAUCAAUUUUUGGAGAACCAUGUGGCUGUCACGACAUUCCCAACAUCCGCUCCGUUCCCUCGCUAGGGUAUUACCGCAUGCCACGCGAUGGUGUACUUGGAUCCAUUAACUAUUCGAGGCGUUCACGUGCCACUCCUGCCAUGCUGUUAUCACUUCGCAUGGAUGCAUGCUCAGCUUCGGGGACCUUAUGUCUCAUUCGUCAUGCCCGCAUUUCCGGGCCUGACUGGUAUCCGGCAGAAGUGAGGCGCGUCCUAAAAAGCGAAAAAACUCCCGCGAUCUUUGCCGGUCCUAACAAUCCACCAUUAUCCGAAUAG